CUCUCUCUGUGGCGUUCUUUUUUUCUCUGUCAUCGCCGUCGCCCAAUUCAGCAGCGAUACAUCUCUAUAUACAUAAAUAUAUAUAUACGAGUAGUUAUAUUUAUAUAAUUAAUUACUAAUUAAAUUGCGAUAAAAUCUGAGUUUUACUCGUUCUACUGCGAUUUGACGUACCCGCGAACCGUUACUGUGGAUGGAAGCAUUUAUUGCCGUUGGAUCAACCUCGUGAUUUCAAAGUUGGAUGCUUCGUUGAUUCCAAGAUUUCAUACUUGAUUGUCCAGAAAUCGAGAGACGCAGUUAUGUCAGGUCCUCUUGAUCGAUUUGCGAGGCCUUGCUUUGAGGGAUCCUCUGGUAAUGAUGAGAGAAGAGAAAGAAAAUCUGAUUUUGAAAACUCAGAGGAUGAAAGAAGGACGAGGAUCGGUUCACUGAAAAAAAAGGCAUUAAGUGCAUCAACCAAGUUCAAACAUUCUCUCAAGAAAAAGAGCAGAAGAAAGAGUGAUGGUCGAGUUAGCUCUGUGUCAAUAGAGGAUAUCCGGGAUGUUGAGGAGCUACGGGCUGUUGACGCAUUUCGACAAGAAUUGAUAUUGGAUGAAUUGCUACCUGAAAAACAUGAUGACUAUCAUAUGAUGUUGAGGUUCUUAAAAGCAAGGAAGUUCGAUAUUGAAAAGGCAAAGCACAUGUGGGCUGAUAUGAUUCAGUGGAGGAAGGAAUUUGGUGUUGACACCAUUAUGGAGGAUUUUGAAUUUGAAGAGUUGAAUGAAGUUUUGAAGUACUACCCACAUGGUAAUCAUGGUGUGGAUAAGGAGGGGCGACCUGUCUACAUUGAAAGAUUGGGAAAAGUUGAUCCAAAUAAACUUAUGCAAGUUACCACAAUGGAUCGGUAUAUAAAAUACCAUGUCAAGGAGUUUGAGAAAAGCUUCGCAUUUAAGUUUCCAGCUUGUACUGUUGCUGCAAAAAGGCACAUAGAUUCAAGCACAACAAUCUUAGAUGUUCAAGGCGUGGGUUUGAAAAACUUAACCAAGGGAGCACGUGAACUUAUAAUGCGACUUCAGAAGAUUGAUUGUGACAAUUACCCUGAAACUCUCCACCAAAUGUUUAUUAUCAAUGCUGGUCCUGGUUUUAGGCUGCUGUGGAAUACUGUGAAGACUUUUCUAGAUCCCAAAACAACUUCCAAGAUUCAUGUUCUUGGAUACAAGUUCCAGAACAAGUUGCUUGAGAUUAUUGAUGUCAGUGAGUUGCCAGAUUUCCUUGGGGGUACCUGUACCUGUGCUGAUCAAGGGGGUUGCCUCCGUUCUGAUAAAGGGCCAUGGAAAAACCCAGAAAUCUUGAAGAUGGUUGUUAGUGGUGAAGCACGGCGUCCUAGACAAGUUGUUAAAAUUCUAAACAGCGAGGGGAAGGUGGUUUAUGCUAAGCCAAAUUACUAUAUGAUAAAAGGCAGUGAUACAUCCACUGCUGAGUCUGGAUCUGAAGCUGAAGAUAUUGCUUCGCCAAAAGCAGUGAGAAGUUAUUCACAUCUUCGGUUAACUCCUGUUCGUGAAGAAGCUAAGGUUAAUGGAAAGGCAAGCUAUGCUGGUGGCUUGCCAGGGUAUGAUGAAUAUGUUCCCAUGGUUGACAAGGCUGUUGACUCUGGUUCGGAGACGCAAGCAUCUGAUCAAAAGCCUUGUGCCUCCAAAGGGACACUUCCACUACCUGAUACUCAAAAGACACCUGAAGGAUUUCAGGCUCGGAUCUUGGCAGUGUUUAUGGCCUUCUUCAUGACCCUUUUCACGCUCUGCCAUGCUUCAGUAGCAAGCCGUGUAACCAAAAAACUUCCUGACACUUCUUCUGAUCACAACCAAAAAAACCAUGAACUAUCUCCGGACUCUUUACCCAAGGAGGAGUUCCGGCCCCCUUCACCAGCUCUAUCAUUUUCAGAGGCAGAACUCCUCUCUUCUGUUCUGAAAAGACUGGGGGAGCUUGAAGAGAAGGUUGACACACUUCAAGCAAAGCCGUCUGAGAUGCCUUGUGAGAAAGAGGAACUGCUGAAUGCCGCUGUUUGCCGUGUGGAUGCCCUAGAAGCAGAGUUAAUUGCUACUAAAAAGGCUUUGCAUGAGGCUUUAAUGAGGCAGGAGGAACUGCUUGCUUACAUUGACAGUCAAGAAGAAGCUAAGUUUCGGCAGAAAAAGAAGUCUUGCUGGUAAAGAAGUUCGGUUGUGAAGGAGAAGAGAGGAUAUGUUGGUUGCUGAGAGUGUCAUUUUUAUAUUUAUAUUAUACGUUUUAACACACACGCACAUACACCGAUAUUAACCUUGCAGAGGAUCUGGCCUGUCUAAAGCGGUAUGACUUUCUACUGAGAUGGGGGAGUGGACACCUGUGUUUGUGAGAAAUUCUGUAUGUCGAGUUUUUAUACUUUGUAUGGAGUUUUUAUUCUUUCAACUAAAAUCUGUGUGCAUGAGUUUGAGUUUGAGUAUGUUUGUGACCUUAA